AAGGCUGAAACAGAAAAGCAAAGUCCCCCUCAUGGAGAAGCAAAGUCUGGUUCAAGCACUCUUCCACCUGUGAAAUCAAAGACAAGCUUCAUUGAAGCAGACAAAUACUUCCUGCCAUUUGAAUUGGCAUGCCAGUCCAAGUGCCCCAGGAUUGUCAGUACAUCUCUAGAUUGUUUACAGAAACUUAUAGCGUACGGGCACUUGACAGGGAAUGCUCCAGACAGUACAGCUCCAGGCAAAAAAUUAAUUGAUAGAAUUAUCGAGACAAUAUGUGGCUGUUUUCAAGGCCCUCAAACAGACGAAGGGGUUCAGCUACAAAUAAUAAAGGCAUUGCUCACUGCAGUAACUUCUCAACACAUAGAAAUCCACGAAGGAACAGUGCUACAGGCUGUAAGAACAUGUUACAAUAUCUACCUAGCAAGCAAAAAUCUUAUAAAUCAAACCACAGCCAAGGCCACUCUAACACAAAUGCUGAAUGUCAUUUUUGCACGCAUGGAAAAUCAAGCACUUCAGGAAGCCAAACAGAUGGAAAAGGAAAGGCACAGACAGCAACACCAUCUACAGCAGUCUCCAGUAAGCCAUCACGAGCCUGAAUCACCUCAGUUGAGACAUAUUCCAGCACAGACUGAUCAGCUGGCCAAAGAACAUGAGAGAGAGCUUGACCACAGCACAAAUGAUGUGGACAAGAACCUACAAGAAGAUAUUGAGGCAGAAAAUGGAUCUGACAUAUCUAGUGCUGAAAAUGAACAGACAGAAGCUGACCAAGCCACAGCAGCAGAAAAUCUUUCUAAAGCUGAUGGAGGAGCAUAUGAUGGUGAAAGCAAUGAGUGUGAAGAGAAGGCACAAGAAAUUGUAGAAAGUAUUGUGCAGGAAAUGGUGAACAUAGUAGUUGGAGAUGUAGAAGGGACUGCUGAGAGUGCAGGUGGUGAUGGCACAAUUGUAACGUUAGAGGAUGGCAGUGACAGUGAAAACAUUCAGGCAAAUGGCAUUCCAGGCACUCCAAUUUCUGUUGCUUAUACACCAUCUUUACCUGAUGACAGAUUAUCUGUCUCUUCCAACGAUACUCAGGAAUCUGGAAAUUCUUCAGGACCUACCCCUGGUGCUAAGUUUUCCCACAUUUUACAAAAGGAUGCCUUCCUUGUAUUCAGGUCACUGUGUAAACUCUCCAUGAAACCCCUGUCAGAUGGACCACCAGAUCCAAAAUCUCAUGAACUGCGAUCCAAGAUUCUUUCAUUGCAGUUGCUUCUGUCCAUUCUGCAGAAUGCAGGACCUGUCUUCAGGACAAAUGAGAUGUUUAUUAAUGCUAUUAAGCAGUACCUUUGUGUUGCACUGUCAAAAAAUGGAGUCUCAUCAGUUCCAGAAGUUUUUGAACUUUCACUUUCCAUAUUUCUUACCCUCCUCUCAAACUUUAAGACUCAUCUGAAGAUGCAGAUCGAGGUUUUCUUCAAAGAAAUUUUCCUGUAUAUCUUGGAAACUUCUACUAGCUCAUUUGACCAUAAAUGGAUGGUUAUACAAACACUGACGAGGAUAUGCGCAGAUGCCCAGAGUGUAGUGGACAUCUACGUGAACUAUGAUUGUGAUUUAAAUGCAGCAAAUAUAUUUGAAAGGCUGGUCAAUGACUUGUCAAAGAUUGCUCAAGGAAGGGGUAGCCAAGAACUUGGCAUGUCGAAUGUUCAGGAAUUAAGUUUGAGGAAAAAAGGCUUGGAAUGCUUAGUGUCGAUCUUGAAGUGCAUGGUGGAGUGGAGUAAGGAUCAGUAUGUAAAUCCCAAUUCCCAGACAACACUUGGUCAAGAAAAACCUACAGAACAGGACAGCAGUGAAACCAAACACCCUGAGACAAUUAACAGAUAUGGAAGCUUAAAUUCCUUGGAUUCUACUGCUUCAUCAGGAAUUGGCAGUUACAGCACACAGAUGUCUGGCACUGACAACCCAGAGCAGUUUGAGGUCCUAAAGCAACAAAAGGAAAUAAUAGAACAAGGAAUUGACUUGUUCAAUAAGAAACCAAAGAGGGGGAUUCAGUACCUGCAAGAACAAGGAAUGCUUGGCACUACCCCUGAAGAUAUUGCUCAGUUUUUGCAUCAAGAGGAAAGAUUGGAUUCAACUCAGGUUGGGGAGUUCCUGGGAGACAAUGAUAAAUUUAACAAAGAAGUCAUGUAUGCAUAUGUAGACCAACACGACUUUUCAGGAAAAGAUUUUGUUUCAGCUCUGCGCAUGUUCCUAGAAGGAUUUCGUCUUCCAGGAGAAGCUCAAAAAAUUGAUCGCCUAAUGGAGAAAUUUGCUGCUAGAUAUUUAGAAUGUAACCAAGGGCAAACUCUUUUUGCUAGUGCAGAUACUGCAUAUGUUUUAGCUUACUCAAUUAUCAUGUUGACAACAGAUCUUCACAGUCCACAGGUUAAGAAUAAAAUGACAAAAGAACAGUAUAUUAAAAUGAAUAGAGGUAUCAAUGACAGUAAAGAUCUCCCUGAAGAGUAUUUGUCUGCUAUCUAUAAUGAAAUAGCGGGAAAGAAGAUUUCAAUGAAAGAAACAAAAGAAUUAACAAUACCCACAAAAUCCAGUAAACAGAGUGUUGCUAGUGAAAAGCAAAGAAGACUCCUAUAUAAUUUGGAAAUGGAACAAAUGGCUAAAACAGCUAAAGCUCUUAUGGAGGCAGUGAGCCACGUUCAGGCACCUUUUACUAGUGCGACACACCUGGAGCACGUGAGACCCAUGUUUAAGUUGGCGUGGACACCUUUUCUGGCUGCAUUCAGUGUGGGUCUGCAGGACUGUGAUGACACCGAAGUUGCCUCUCUCUGUUUGGAGGGUAUACGAUGUGCAAUCCGGAUUGCUUGCAUUUUCAACAUUCAGCUUGAAAGAGAUGCCUAUGUUCAAGCAUUAGCAAGAUUUACGCUACUUACAGUGAGUUCUGGUAUUACUGAAAUGAAGCAGAAGAAUAUUGACACCAUUAAGACUCUCAUCACGGUGGCUCAUACAGAUGGAAACUACUUAGGAAAUUCCUGGCAUGAGAUUCUGAAAUGCAUCAGUCAACUUGAACUGGCACAGUUAAUAGGAACUGGAGUUAAACCUCGCUACAUCUCAGGGACAGUGCGUGGCAGGGAAGGUUCUUUCACUGGAACGAAAGAUCAGGCACCCGAUGAAUUUGCAGGGCUGGGACUGG